UUGGAUAUAUUGUCAUCGGCAACAGAAAAUCGCAGCCAAACCAAAUCCAAACGCGAAAAACUCUCCCGCCAUGGUGGUCGUGGCAACCGCCCCCGCCACCAGCACUCCAUUCAUUCUCUCACUCCUUCCAACUCGCCACACUCCUCUCCCAUUUACACGAGCCGCCACUACUCUCCCCUUCUCUCUUCUACUUCGCCACCGUUCGGUCCUCUCUUCCCUCCGUUUCCAAAUCUCCUUUAAGUCCCCAUCCUCUACGCUUCACGAGGCCGACGAAGACGAAGAAGGCGAACAAGAUUUUGAAGAAAAUGAAGAAGAUGAUGAAUUCGAAUACGACGACGACGAAGAUGUUGCUGCUGAUGAAUACGACGACGUUUCGAGCGAGGCGUACGAUGGCGCCGUUUCCGACGAAGGCGAGGAAGCGUUCGAGGCUGCUAGACUUGGCAACGACGGAACGUUCAAGUGGCAGAGAGUUGAGAAGCUCUGCAAAGAGGUCAGGGAGUUUGGCUCCGAUAUCAUCGACGUCGACGAACUUGCCUCCGUUUACGAUUUCCGAAUCGAUAAGUUUCAGCGGCUGGCAAUACACGCUUUUCUAAGAGGCUCAUCGGUUGUGGUGUCGGCUCCAACGAGCAGCGGGAAGACUCUGAUAGCGGAAUCUGCG